AUGAAGCUUUUGGAAGUAUCAGAUCCUAAAAGUUCAGCAGUCAGUUUGGAUCUCCUCAAUCUAUAUGUUGUUAACCAGUUAUCAACCAAGAAAGAGAACACUGAGAACGUGAAGAAGCCAGUCCACAUUAAUAUCAAUAAAGUAAAAAUACCUGUCAGGAGACACAACAUAGAGCUUCCCACGUCACCACUACGUACACAACAUAUAUCAAACUUAGAUGACAUCCAGAACAGGUUACAAAAGCAGGUAUUGGACAGCAGAAGGCAGCAUCUCUCAGAGAAAGCAAAAUACCAGCAUAAUCCAGGAAAUAGUUCCGAUCAAGACCCUUGGAUUACAAAACGUCCAAGCCAGUGUAUUUUUGGAAAGUCUGAUAGAGUGUCUCAGGAGCUGUUUAAGCCAUUGCAUAGGUACCGCCCCCUGCCUCAUCCCAGGCUGGACUAUAUGAAUUCUGCCGGGAAAAAUCAGAACGAAUCAGAAAACAGCGAAGGAAUAAAAGUGCCAUUGUUUGAUGUUGUGAAAGAAACCGCAGAACUGAAAGCUCCCCAAGAAGUUGGAAGUGAUUUUUCCUUUCUGUCACUGUUUGAAGAUGAGAGCAAAUCAAUACCUAAUAAUCCUUCCACAGAGCAUUUUAAUCCUUUUGUUAACCAAAGCAGUGCAGCCAUUUUUUUCAUGGAUCCUGAUGACAGAAAUCAAAUGACUAACAUAAACUAUCUUUAUGAUACUAGAGAGGCUUAUCCUGCAAUGAAUGCAAAAAACCAUUCUGUAGACAGACACCUUGAAGGCAUUUUCACAGGUCCAGAAUGGGUUUUACCUGAAAGUAACAAUGCCUCUAGUGCAGGCUAUAAGACCACUGGACUUCAUAAAACCCACCUGCAGGACUGUCAUGAGGGAGAGCACUACUUUAGACCCUCUGAAAACAAUGAAAAACCCGCAAACCUUGAAAAAAUUGAAACAUUUGCUUAUCACCAUGAUCAGUGGAUUAGUUUAAAGGAGAAUGUGCAGAACUGUUCAAGAAAAAAAAGUGAUGAUGAGUCUGUGAAGGAAUCAGCCUGGAGACAGAACCAGCUCUUUGGAUUUGAAGAGUUCACAACAGCACAAGAGGAAGACUAUAAGUUUGGAGAGAGUUCAAAUCUUUGCAAGAUGGAGAAGGAUGUGGAGUCAUCACUCAACAGCCAGUCUCCCAGUUACUCUCCAAGGCAGACAGAGAGCUGCUUCAGCUCCAGUCUUGAUGCAUCUGAAGAGGAAGACAUAGACAAAAAGAAGGAAUAUCUGAAUGAACAAUCCUUGAAGAUAGAUGAUGCCAACCUAGUCUCAGCCUCAUCAAGCACAGAGUGCCCAAAGACUUCUCACACCAGAACCGUGCCUCUCCAACCCAGCAGCAUUUUGACUAGAGAUGAAGGAUACCAUCUUCAGGAGAAAGACUCUAUUUUAUGUGCCACAGAGAAGGAAAAUAAAAACCACACUGCCCCAUUUGAGGGCAGCUCGUUAGACCAAGCCCCUAAAAGAGAGCCUGUUACUUGCAGUGCCAGGUGUGAUGGUUGGUCGCAGACUGAGAUCUCUGUUCCAGAGGUAAGGAAAGUGGAUGUUGCCACCCAGUGUGGCACCAUGCAGGUGUGCAGUUGUGGGGGCUCCCUCGCCGCUGCCCGCAGCCCAGGGGGACUCCCUCCUCCCAGCACCCCCAGUACCAUUGGAGGGCACAAAAUGCUUGUCCAUGAGGGCCUGCAGCCUGCAGGCAUGGGCAGCACAGCGGGAAUAGCCAAGUUUUCCUCUGAAGCCGAGUGUCUGAGUUUGUCUGGCAGGACUCUAGAGGUGCUGAACUACAUUGAUAUAAUGAAGGUGUGA